AUGCGGGUUUCCCCUCCACACCAUUCACAGCACAAAUUCGCCCCUCUCCAUUCAACCCCCCAGAUCACCCAGGCGCACUUCAUUCCAACCCUACUCGCUCACAGCACCGCAGCUAUGGGGGGCGGCGCGGAGGCGAGCGAGCAGGCGCGCGGGCAGCAGCGACCCACGAUAUCGAUCGCGGUGCUGGGUUCCAUCAUCGACAACACGCAGUCGCUCGAACGCGCCACCGCCGUAGCGGGGCAAAUCGCGCGCGCCGCCGUCAUUUUCAAGGUGCACGAGAUUGUCGUGUACGACGACUGGGACGCGGAGGGCGACUCGAGCGCGCCGCGCGGGUGGCGCGGGGAGCGCUUCUCGGGGUCCGCGGGGUCGUUCCUUGCGCGCGUGCUCCAGUACCUCGACACCCCGCAGUACCUCCGCCGCGCGCUCAUCCCGCUCACGCCCGACCUGCGCCUCGCGGGGCUGCUUCCGCCGCUGGACGCGCCGCACCACGCGCGCAUGCACGAGUGGCCGGAGUUCCGCGAGGGCGUGGUGGUGGCGGAGGGGGAGGGGGAAGAGGCGCGCACAGUGGGUAGCUGCGCCGUGGAUGUGGGGCUGCAGCAGAGGGUGCGUGUGCGAGGAAGCUUCUCGGAAGGCACGCGAUUGACAGUGGCCAUGGGGCCAGCAGCGGAGCGAGAGAAGGUGUUUCAACCAGGAGUGCUGCUGACGCCAGUGGCCCCGCAUGUGCCGUGGGGAGAGAGGGGGCAGUACUGGGGGUACACUGUGCGCCUUGCCAGGGGCGUCUCUGGCGCCCUCUCCGCCUGCCCCUUCUCCCCCGCGCCUGCCUCCGCGGAGGGGGGAGCAGGGGGUGCGGGGGACGGGGGAAAAGGGGCGGGGGAGGGGCGCAGCUCUGAUGCUGCUGUGGUGGGGGGAAGUGGGGGUGCGGGGGAGGGGGAUGGGGCGGAGGGAGGGGAGGGGAGGGAGGGCGGGGGAGACGGAGGGGAGGAGGGUGAGGAGGGGCGGGGGAAGAAGAGGAGGCGGCGAGGGGGGAGGAAGAGAGGGGCGAAGCGGGGGUUGUAUGGGGAGGGGGGUGGGGGUGAGGGUGGGCAGGGAGGGGGGAAGGGGGAGCGGAAAGGGGAGGAGCAGGGGGGGGAGGCGCGGGAGGAGGGGGGCAGGCACCUGUUCAUGUCUACCUACCACCUCUCUCCUUCCUUCCCUCUCUCCCCUGCUCACAGGCACUUGUUGGUGGUGGUUGGGGGCAUGGCGGGGUUGGAGGAGGCGUGUGUGCAUUUAUUGGUGGUGUUUGGGGGCGUGGCGGGGUUGGAGGAGGCGUGUGAGGGCGACGAGGGGCUGGAGGCGGACAGCAGGGACCCCAGGCAGCUGUGCCAGCUGUACCUCAACACGUGCCCCUUCCAGGGCUCGCGCACCAUCCGCACUGAGGGUGGGUGGAAUGGUGCAGUGUGGGGAAUGGAUGGGGGAGUGGAGGAGGGUUGGGGUGUGAGACUUGUUGCUGUGCUGACGGCUCUCCCUGUCUGCAUGCACGAUGCCCCUUCCCUACCAUGCCAUGCCUCUCCCCCGUUCCCCCCCGUAUGCAUGCAGGAGGCGGUGCUCAUCUCACUGGCAUACAUCUCAGCACUCGUGCCGUGA